AUGGCUACUAAGCGAUGUUUUGUGCAAAGCUGUGGGCUGGAAGUUCAUUAUGCAUGCCUAUGUUUGUCUCCUGAAAUUUACUCGUGUGAAUUCCAUAUCGGAGAGCAUCUUAAAGUGCCUAAAAGGACCCAUAACAUUGUUUCUGUUUAUCUCGAGCCUUGCACAGAGACAAAAGAUGCAGUCCUUGGCUUUCUUCUAAAAGAAAAACUCAAAAAAGAAAAAUUAAAAGCAAAGAUUGCAUCAUCCUUCUCCCAAAAUCUCUUCGUAUCAGAAAACAGUCUUGAAGAAAGCCUAAGAAAGUUAGAUUCUGAUUUAUAUGAAAUUUCUAGCUGAAUUGAAAAAAUUUCUCAAACUCAAAAAAUAUCAAAAUUCGAUGAAGACCCGCUUUUACAGCUACUGACUUUAGAGCCUGGCUUAGCUUCUGAAAAAGUUAAAGAAAUGAUUCCAGCAGAAUCAGAAACAUAUAACAACGUUAAGUAUUUUUGCAGUCUUAAUAAAGAAAUCGAGAAAAUAAUUGAAAAUUACAUCAAAAAUAAAUUUGAAGCACUUUUGGAUAAAAAAUUAUCCAAUUUAGAAAAAAGACUAGGCGAAAGUGAUAAAAAAAAUAAUGAAAAGAUAGAAAAUGUGAAUCAUUCUAUUUUAGAACUGGUAUUUGAAAGUAAAAAGAAUAAAAAAAUAAUUGAAAAUUUAAAUCAAGAAAAUCAUCAAAUCCAGAUUGAAUCUAUUCAAACUCAACUGAAUUCUGCUUUAAGUUUAAUUAGAAAGACUGAGACUGAAAUGAAUCAAUUAAAGAGCCAGAUAAAUCAAAACAUUUCACAUCAAUUAUUAAUUCUUCAAGAAUUGCAGGCUAAAAAAUCUGAAAUUUUAAGCAGAACUAAAAAUAGUCAAGAAAUAGAGCAAGAGUUCAGAAAGACUUGCAAGUAUCAGAGUCUUUAUUCAAACUAUAGCCCAAUGAUAAGCCAAGCUUACCAGGAAUAUAUCAAUGCUUAUCAUCAAAACACAUCUCUUUAUCUGAUUAAGAUAUGCUCUUAA